AUGCGCAGCAUAAUUAUUCCAUUGGCAUUUGCCCUUAGCAUUCUAGUGUGCCAUAUACAAGCUCAAGAUUUUACUAAACUGCAAUGGUCGGAUUGCGGUAGUCCAAGUGCCGUUAUUAGUAAUAUCGAUUUAACGCCAAUGCCGGUGUAUAAUCCAGGCCCGGCUAGUAUUACCAUUAAAAUUGAAUUAAAAAAACCUGUUAAAACUGUAGGAGUAAACAUCAACAUAAUACGUACUGUUAGUGGCAUCACACUUCCAGUAAGAUGUUAUAUCGUAAAUGGCGCAAAUGUUGGAUCAUGUAAUUAUACGGAUUUGUGCACAUUUCUUAAGUCAAUCUGGGACGAUUUCAAACCUGAGACAUGUUCCCCAGUUUUGCUCGAUUACGGUAUAGAUUGCACCUGUCCAUUCAAUAUUUCACCUCUAUUACUUGAUUUAAACAAUCUUCCAUUGGAUCUCCCGGAUGCUUCACAAUCAGCAGCAAGUUUUAUGGCUUCUGGUAAUUUCGACAUAAAAGUAGCAGUUUUUGAAGGCGCCCCACUAGCAAGUCCUUCUUAA